GAAGCGGAAAAAAGGCCCCGACGCAGAAACAGCAUCCGCAAACGUGCCCCCGUCUAUCCACUCCCCUCCUCCCCUUCCCUUCCCUUUGUGGAGGCCAGGCCAAGCCUCCCCUCCCCUCCCCGCUCCUCCUACGCAGCGCCGCGGCGGCGGCGGUAGAAGGCGGCGGAGCUCUCCACCCUCCCCUCCGCCGCGGCGGCGGCCGUGUUCCUCUGCGGUGGAGAGGCCCCCCCUGGUCGUUUCUCCGCGCCGGCUCGGCAUCUCUCCGGAGGAGGAGGAGGAGGAGGAGGGAGGAGUAAGGUGUGGGGAUGGAGAUCGACCGGGCGGUGCGGGGGAGCAGCGACCGCCGCCUGCGGACCAAGUACGACAACGCCGUCUACGUCGUGCAGCGAGCCUUCGCGCUCUACCCGUUUGAGGAAGUUGCCUUCAGCUUUAAUGGUGGGAAGGAUUCAACAGUUCUGUUGCAUUUACUUCGGGCUGGCUACUACCUCCACAAAUCAAGCUCUGAUGGUGAAGUCGAAAUGAAUACUAUCCAAAACUGUCCUGUGCGCACCAUCUAUUUUGAGAGCCCUUGUGCUUUCCCUGAAAUCAACUCAUUCACUUAUGAAACUGUCUCAACUUAUGGUUUGCCACUGGAAACUAUCCGCUCGGAUUUUAAGUCUGGCCUAGAAGGCCUAUUGAAAGAGAGGCCUACUAAAGCAAUUUUUAUUGGUACUAGAAUUGGCGAUCCAAAUGCAGUUGGUCAAGAGCAGUUCUCGCCUAGUUCACCUGGCUGGCCUCCUUUCAUGAGGGUCAAUCCUAUAUUGGACUGGUCAUACAGGGAUGUUUGGUCUUUCCUGUUGACCUGUAAGGUGAAAUACUGCAGCCUCUAUGAUCAAGGGUAUACUUCCAUUGGAAGCAUAUAUGAUACUGUUCCCAAUGCGCUUCUUUGUGAUUCAACAACUGGGAAAAGUUUUAGGCCAGCAUACAUGUUAUCAGACGGAAGGCUUGAAAGAGCUGGCAGAACAAAGAAGAAUAUUAGUUCUGUUUCAAGCAAUGGUACAAACAGUACUGAGGUGGAACAGACGAUCUCACGCUCAGCGUCGAUCAUUGUAGUUGGUGAUGAAAUAUUGUUCGGCACAGUUGAGGAUAAGCUAGGUGCAGGCUUGUGCAAGAAGCUUCAUGCAAUUGGCUGGCGAGUUUCUCAUGUAGCAGUUGUUUCCAAUGAAAUUGAUUCUGUUGCUGAAGAAGUUGAACGUUGCAAAUCUACAGAUGACAUGGUGUUUCUUGUUGGAGGACUUGGGCCUUUACAUUCAGACAUUUCGCUGGCUGGCGUUGCAAAAGCAUUUGGAGUUCGUCUGGCUCCUGAUGAAGAGUUUGAAGAAUACCUUAGUCAACUGAUAGGAGACAAUUACACUGGUGAUCGAAAUGAGAUGGCUUUGUUGCCAGAAGGUAUUACGGAAUUAUUGCAUCACAAAAUGCUACCGUUGCCAUUGAUCAAAUGCAAAAAUGUGGUCAUUCUCGCUGCAACUAAUGUGGAUGAGCUUGAAACGGAGUGGGGUUGUCUUCUAGACACACAAGAGAGCGGUUUAGUGAUGGCUAAAUCUUUUGUGUCAAAGCAUCUCUGCACGUCGCUAUUAGAUGUUAAAAUUGCCCCAGUGGUUGCAAAACUAUGCAUAGAUUUUUCUGAUGUAUACAUAGGUUGUUAUCGGAUCUCAAGAUCUGGGCCUUUGGUUGUGAGUUUUAUUGGGAAGGACAAUCAGAGGGUAGAAGCAGCUGCCGAGAAGCUGACGAAUAGCUUUGAAGGGCAAUUCUCCCAAGUUGACAGUUGCAAAUAAGCUUUCUGAGUACACACUUCGAUAGUCUUCCCGUGUUCUUCCUGCUGGAAGUUCUGAAAUUGUGCAGGGCUAAUGACGCGAUACGGUGCUCGGAUGGCUUGAUCCAAUGGCCGGAAUCUGGACUCUGGAGCUCCACAUAUUAUUUAGGAAAGGAAACAUAGAAAUUUUGUCCUAGAAAUUUAGAAGUGAAUUACUGAAUCAACAGCAGAGGUGCUCUAGCAUGAAGCUGAUAUAGAAUGGCGGCUUUCCACGCCCGAUAUUUUGACCGGGCUAAGGGCUCGUAAUAUUCUUUUGGAAUUAAACUCAAAUUAGAUUAUAAUUUAUAGCCUCCAGUCCUCCAUAGUUCAAUAAUUUAAUCAUGGUUUUUUUUUUA